AUGUGGUCUGGAUGGGCAAUGGACGGGGGCUACAAGAACAGGCAAGCAGGGAGACGUGGUCUGGAGGCAAUGGGCAACAAGAACGGUUGGAGACGUGGUCUAGAGGUAAUGGGCAUACGGACGGCAGGAGAUGUGGUCACAAGAGACCACAGCCAUAUAGCUGGAAUAUUGAUAGGUGCAGCCUUGCCCACAAUCGUCCACCUUGAACCUGGUCUUCCACCCGCUUGCUCACAAGACCUUCUACCCUUGCCUACAAUCGUCCACCUUGAACCUGGUCCUCCACCCCUUGCCCACAACCCUCCACCCACUUGCCCACAAUCGUCACCUAAAACCUGGUCCUCCGGCCGUUGCCCACAAUCCUCCACCCUUGCCCACAAUCGUCCCCUUGAACCUGGUCCUCCUCCCUUGCCCACAAUCCUCCACCCCUUGCCCACAAUCGUCCACCUUGAACCUGGUCUUCCACCCCUUGCCCACAAUCCUCCACCCCUUGCCCACAAUCCUCCACCCCUUGAACCUGGUCCUCCACUCUGCCCACAAUCCUCCACCCUUGCCCACAAUCCUCCACCCCUGGCCCACAAUCGUCCACCUAACACCUGGUCCUCCACCCCUCGCCCACAACCCUCCUACCCUUGCACACACCGUCAACCCUCAACCUGGUCCUCCACCCCUUGCCCACAACCCUCCACACCUUGCCCACAAUCGUCCACCUUGAACCUGGUCUUCCAACCCUUGCCCACAACCCUCCAUCCCUUGCCCACAAUCGUCCACCUUGAACCUGGUCUUCCACCCUUGCCCACAAUCGUCCACCUUGAACCUGGUCCUCCACCCCUGCCCACAACUCCUCCACCCCUGCCCACAAUCCUCCACCCCUUGCCCACAAUCCUCCACCCUUGCCCACAAUCCUCCACCCCUUGCUCACAAGACUCCUACCCCUUGCCCACAAUCCUCCACCUUGAACCUGGUCCUCCACCCCUCGCCCACAACCCUCCUACCCUUGCCCACAAUCGUCCACCUUCAACCUGGUCCUCCACCCCUUGCCCACAACCCUCCACACCUUGCCCACAAUCGUCCACCUUGAACCUGGUCUUCCACCCCUUGCCCACAACCCUCCACCCCUUGCCCACAAUCGUCCACCUUGAACCUGGUCUUCCACCCCUUGCCCACAACCCUCCACCCCUUGCCCACAAUUGUCCACCCUGA